AUGGCACAAGAAAUGUCACCACAAAAGGAGGAAGCUCAAAACCAACCAAAGCGAAGAUUCAAAAUGAUGGCUCAAAAGAGUAAAUCAAAGCCAAAGCCAAAGCCAAACUAUGAUCGGAAAGCAAAGCACCCAGAUUAUGUCCAAUUUCGGUGCAAUGUCAACGCUUUCAACAGCAUCAUUACGGAUGUAAAAGACAAGCUGAAUGAAAGGCAGAAGAAGCUUCUCAAGAACACCCCAUUUUGGAACUUGAUUGAGGUGUUUUACAACCGAAGGAUUGACAUGAAUAACAUGAAUAAGUCAGACCUUGACUUAGUUCAGCUGCUCAAGAAGUUUGAUCCGGAUACAAAGUCCUUCAAAUUUGGCACCGAAGCAUUCAAGAUCACAGGCAAUGCAGUGACUCAGAUUCUAGGACUGCCAAAUGAAGGAAAAUCUGUCAAACUUGUCAAUGAUAGGUACACUUCUACCUUCAGAAUAAGGCACUUUGGAGAAAAGGGAAAACCAUCAAAAAAUCUGGUAGAAGCAGAAUUACUGAAGACAAUUUCAUUGGCAAACCAACCGAAGAAAGAAAAGGCCAAGGCAGAGCAAAAGAAAGAAGCUGAAGAAGAAGAAGAAGAAGAAGUUGACUACGACAAGGAGGUGGUCAGCAUAAUAUUGAUUCACCUAUGCAUGACAUUCCUUUUUGCCAACGCUUCGUCUACUUUGCAUUGGAAAGUAUUUGAGCACUGUGUGAAUCUGGACACACUUUCAAGCUAUUCUUGGGCAAGUGCUGUUUCAGCCUACAUGAAUGAAUCCUUGGUCGCAAAAGCAAAAGCAAAAGCAAAGAAGGGAGGAGAAGGCUCUAUAGGAGCUGUUUCGGGUUGCAUUAUCCUAAUAUUGUUUCUACUGUGUGAGAGGACAAACAUAAUACAACCAAUCCUGGGCAAAGAGAAAGAAACUCCUGCCAUUCUUAAAUGGAGUCUUGUGGAACUCCACACAAGAUUCAACCAAAUAACGGACUUGAAUGACAUCGAGGGUAUUUUCAAAACUCCUAAAAAGCGAAAAACUACCAGGGAAGAGGAAGACACUGUUGACAAGGGUAUUUUGAAAGCAUAUAAAAAGAGAAAAACUACCAGAGAAGAGGGAGACCCUCUUGACAAGAAAAAGAAGAUGCAGAAAAAAGAAAAAGAAGAUGAAGGACAACAAAGAGAAGCAGAGGAAGCAGAAGACCAAGGAAAAUGCAUUGCAAUUCAAGACCUCUUGGUGAAGUCCAUGACAGACCAAAUCAACUAUCACCAACGUCAAGAUCCUAGCUUCAUUUGCCCAGAAAGAUUACAACUGUGGAAGGAUGAAAAAAAUGAAGACAGUGAGAAGAAAAUGAAGGAAUUGUGGGAUAUAUUUAUCCAGGGAGAAAAGAGAUCAAAGGAGCUGGAAGAGAAAUUAGAUAAUGAAGAAUAUGUGACUGCCACCAUGACAGUGGAAUCUACAGUUCAGCUUCAGGAAAUAGAAAAUCUAAAAAGGAGGAUUGCAGAAUUGGAAGGCAAGGAAACUCGGAUUGACAUGGAGAAGAUUGCCAAGAAAAAGGAGAUUGAAGAAGAAGAAGAGAAAGAAGAAGACAAGAAAGAAGAAGAGAAGCAACAAGAAGAGAAAGAAGAAGAGAAGAAGCAAGACGCUCCAACACCUGAUGUUCCUUCAAGAGUAAUAAGACUGAAGAAUAGAGAAAGAAAGAGGCUUCAAGCAUCUUGCUAUGUGUACGAAAAAAAUAAGAAACCAAAAAAGAAGGCAAAAAAGGAUGAUGAAGAACUACCACAAUUCAAGAUUAUCUCUUCCGAGGAGCAAUCAACACAAGAGGAUCCUCAAAAUCAGAAGGUGUUAACACAAGAGGCAUCUCAGCCCGAUGCCACAAAUCCAAUUCCUGAUCCCCCAAAAGGAACGAGCCUUCAUGAUUCAAUACUUGUAGGUAUGCAAGAAUCAAAUGAUGAAGAUGAAGGACAAAAAAAGCCAACAAAGAAAAAACUAGGAUGGGGUCAAAAGAAGGUUUGGCAGAAAAUUCCAAAGGAGGACAGGGACAGAAUUGAAGAAUACUACUUAAGUACUCAACCUAGUGAUAACUUUUGGGCAGGACUCGAUAGUGAGAAAGUGACAAACCAUGAUAUCAAAGAUAUUGUAUGGGACCUGGAACUGUCACAAAACGUUAUUGAGGCCUAUAUCCAAAUAGAGGAGGAGAAAAUAGGGCCCAUGCAGACAGAUAGUCCACAGUACAUGUCUACAUGGACUUGGGCUUACAUGCAAACCUUUCUAGAACCAAGUUGGCAUAGGGCCCUGUAUGAACACUUACUUGAAAAACUCGGGAAAUGCAAUGUUCUCUUCUUCCCGAUCAUUUCAAGUUCUGAGUUCCACUUUACACUUCUCACAUUUCACAAAAUUGAACGAAAGUGGAGACACUACAAUCCACUUAGAUCGUUGGGAUCUAGAAAAGAAGAAAAGUGUAUUGACAUUGCUCACAAUUUUGUUAAUAUUGUGGAAGGGUGGCUAGAAUAUAUCAGACCACAAGCACAAGAGUUCUUAGAAACUAAAAAAAUACCAAAACUUGUGAAGCAAAAAGAAGGGCCCCCUACACCUGCACAGGUUGAUUUGUCCCCAAAUGAAGAACUCACUCUAAAUUGGAUUCUGCAAAAUCCAUAUCAGUUUCCAUUUGAGGAUGACACAGAAUGUGCUCAACAAAAUUCAUCUUCGUUGGAUUGCGGCAUGUUCGUCAUGUUCUACAUGGAUAAAAUAGCACAAGGACAGCCCAUUCCAAAAAGUGUGGACAAGAAAUUCAUGAAUGAAUAUCGAGCACAAUAUGUCACAAAACUCCUACACCACAAACACUGUUUUCUGGUCUCGAACAAGAAACUGCGCUGCAGUUUCUGGUCAAAAUCUGCACUGCUGCUCAAAAGAAACUGCGCUGCAGUUUCUGGUCUCGAACAAGAAACUGCGCUGCAGUUUCUGGUCAAAAUCUGCACUGCUGCUCAAAAGGUAAAGGCAUAA